AUGGGCGAGUCACCGCUUCAAUUGGCCCUGGGCCGGGGCCACAACAGCUUGGUCGAAUUGUUGCUGAGAAGAGGGGCCGAUCCCAAUUGGGCCAACAUAGCAGGAUCGACUGCUCUGCAUAUUAUUUUCAAAAGAGACCGCCCAGAUUAUUACGUCUUAGCGAAGAUGUUGUUCGAGCUCAGCGACAAAAAAUAUCAGCCUUUGCAAAUCAAUCUUCAAGACUAUUUGGGUAACACGCCGUUGCACUUGACUCUGAGUUUGAGGCGGGGCCGUAUGGAAAUUGUCAAGUUACUGCUGCAAUUCGGUGCGAAUCCAAAUUUAGCCAAUGCAAAGGGAUGGACACCUCUGAAAAAGCUGUUCAACAGAAAGUACGAUGACAAAUUGGCCGAGACGUUUUUUCAGAUCUGCGCCGAGAAAAAGCAGCCGUUGGAGGUGGACGCAAAGGACAAAUUGGGCCAAACCCCACUGCAAUUGGCCGUGGCGAAUAUUUUACCGAGUGCCGUUGAUUUACUCUUGGAUCAAGGCGCUGAUCUGACCGACUUUGUUUUCCCUCUGGCUAGUUAUCUUGACGAGAUACCAACCAACUAUACCCACAGUUUUGAUUUGAGAUUGGCAUCUGGCCUUUUGGUCAUCACCGAGCGCCUCGAGAAGAGUGGAUACGAGCUGGACCAAAGCGGCGCCUUAUCGAUCAUGAAAGUGUUCGCCAAGCACAGAUGGUUCGAGAAGCCGUCCGAUGCCGAAAGAGCUUGGUGCGAUCAGGAGAAGUUCAGCAGCAAAGCAAGUAAAAUAAUGGUGAAUCCGAGUCUGUCGCUCUACGACCUGAUCCAGUUACAACCCGAAGAGGCGUCGAAACUCGUCACGUACGCGGACUAUUUCAGACUUUGGUCCUCGCGUGAAUUAGGCAAUCUCUUCGUCUCCAAAAGCCAUAGAAAGCCCUGCACUUUGCACCUGAUAGAGAAACUAUCGAGAGGGUUUUUCCGUGAGUGGGCACUGGAAUUUUUCUGCGAACUGGUACGAUAUCAACUGCCAAUAGAGUGCUGUGAAAUUAUCAUCGAUGAUUCAUUCGUGAACGAAAAUUUAUGUAAUAUCUGCUUGGCGGCUGCAAUCCAAAAUGAAAAGGACAGGGGAAAAAUGAAAUAG